AUGCCCAUUGCGCCAGGCCCAGCAGCUCCUGCCGGCACGUUCCAGCCUGGCACCAAGAUCCAGGUCGGCGGCCAUCGAGUCGUGAUACAGAAAUACCUGUCAGAGGGCGGGUUCGCGCAUGUGUACCUGGUCAAGCUACCAAAACCAGUCGACGGGACGGACCUGGCAGUCCUGAAGAGGGUGGCGGUGCCCGACAAGGAGAACCUGCGCAGCAUGCGCACCGAGGUAGAGACGAUGAAGCGGCUCAAGGGCCAUCGGAUGAUCGUCUCGUACAUCGACUCCCAUGCGAGCGAGCUCAAGGGAGGAGGCUACGAAGUGUUCCUGCUCAUGGAGUACUGCGGCGGCGGCGGCCUGAUUGACUUUAUGAACACGCGACUCCAGCACCGGCUGACCGAGCCCGAGAUUCUCAACAUCUUUUGCGACGUGGCCGAGGGCGUGGCAUGCAUGCACUACCUGAAGCCGCCCUUGCUUCAUCGCGACUUAAAGAUUGAAAACGUGCUCAUUACAACGACAAAGGGCUCUAGCAAGCGAUUCAAGCUCUGCGACUUUGGCUCUUCGGCCCCGCCCUCGCCUGCGCCCACGUCCGUGGUGGAAUGUCGAUUGAUGGACGAGGACGUGCAAAAACAUACGACACUGCAGUAUCGAAGCCCGGAGAUGGUCGACGUGUAUCGAAAACAGCCGCUCAACGAGAAGUCAGACAUCUGGGCCCUGGGUGUUUUUUUAUACAAGCUUUGCUAUUACACGACUCCGUUCGAGGACCAAGGGCAGCUCGCCAUUCUUAACGCUAGCUAUAAAUUUCCUCCGGCUCCAGCUUUCUCGCAUAAGCUCAAAGGCCUGAUUGCAUCUAUGCUGAGGGAGAACCUACAAAGCCGGCCGAAUAUUUACCAAGUCCUGAAGGAGGCCUGUGCGCUGCAGGGCCGUGAAGUCCCUAUCCACGACAUCUAUGCAGGCGGUAAACAAUCCAGCGCGCAAGCCCCGGCAAAAGCACCUUCAAUGGAGAACAAGCCAGUUGGCGCGGUGUUCUCGCCGCCUGUGGAAGAGAAACCAAAGAUACCAGAGGUCACUCCCAUGAGGCGAGGCCGCCCGAUACCUUCGCCAGGCCCUGCGGCUGCAUCGCAGCCUUCGAAACCUCCGCAGCCGGCGAGCGGGGACCCGUUCGCAGCCCUAGACACUAAAUCCCCCAGAACCACGAGGCCAGGCGAGCCGGACGAGUUCGCAUCGCGAUUCCCCUCCCUCGACCAAUUCUCGCUACUGCAUGAUUCGGGCUCGAAACAUGAUUUCGAUUCAGGGGCCUCCGCUGCAGCGUCCAAGAGGGACCAUUUGAACCAACGCGUAUCUGAGCAUCUAGCCGACGAGGUGUUUGCCUCAAGUCGAAGCCCUCCUCAGCCUAGUGCGCCAAGCUCACGCCCCCAGUCUGUAGUUCAGGCAAGCGUAGCCCCCCGCGCCGUUUCGCAGCAUGGCGAAGCCAUGUCCAGAUCAGCGUCCGCUCAAGCACAACAAGACAUUAGCAGAGCCCAAUCGAUUAUUCGCAGCGACCCGGAUCUGCAGGCUAUCUCGGGCCAAGCAAGCUCUCGAUACGUGUCUAUCGGCACGUCAACAUCUGACCUGCAGUAUGAGCCCCCAGUUCGGACUGCACAUCGCGUCGCGCAGAUUCAAGCGUCAGAGUCCCCGCGGUCUUCAAGUCUACCGACGCGACAGGCGAGCCCGGCAAACGUGACCGCUCAGCCGCCGCCCGACGCGAACAUGAACGUCCUGUCACGGGUCACUUCGCUCCAGUCGCAGUCAAGCCAGGGUAGAUCAUCGCCCGUCUCUCAAGCCACGACGGAGCCCAAACGCCCGCAAGCAGACUUGCUAGACAUCACGCCAACCAAUGUACCGAAUGUUGAGCGCUCCAGACCGCAGAGCAUGAAUUUCGAGACAACGACUUUGGACUACCUGCGUGAACGGGAAGCGUCGCGUCCGCAGAGUCGUAUGUCGGGCCGGCCCUCCUCGCAAGCGGUCUCGCCCAUUCCCCCACCGGCCGACGAUGAUAAUCAGCCCGAGAGUGAUAACCUCGAGUUCCUUCGAAGCAUGGAGGGAUCCGGCAGCGACAUGGAAAAGUCCAAGAACGCCAAGCGAUCGAGCGUGCAGUCUUUGUCUGGAGGGCGGAAUAUGCUCGCCACCAAGUUUGGUGACGCGUUCAAGAGGUUUGAGGGCAGCCCGUCCUCUUCCGCGCGGACGCCCUCUCCGUUCAAGGAACACGACCGUCGUGACUUGACGCCCAUUGCAGGCUCAGAGGUCACGGAUGAUCGAAGCGAGGAUGGCCACUCUCGCGACGUCGAUGCCAUGACGCCGGAGGCGCGACGUGAACUGGAGCGGCGAAAGCUGGAGGAGGAAGAGCAGAGGGUUGAGGCUGCGCAAGCUGAAUAUCGCAAGCGUGUCACGCCUAGUGCAGCUCCCUCGGCGACGGCCUCGCAGUCUGGGCCCCGGAAUGCCGGUCCACCCCCGAGGGCCAUGAGCAUCCAGAACAGAGUGCAGAACUUGUUGCAAGAGCAGAAGAGUGGUUCUGUACGCAAGACAGCCGAAGGGUACGGCAAGUACUCGGACGCUGCCGCCAAGGUCGAAAAGCCUCUGCCAGAGGUCCCUCGCAAACCCAUGGCCUCCUCCAAGCCGGCGGCAGCAGUGUCCGCUCCCCAUGCCGCGAGCCAUCAUUCCGGAACUUGGUCUGCACCCCCAUCUCUGCCUCCCAGCAAACCGAAGCCAGCCGCUCCGCGGAAACCGAUGCACCUCAACAGCAUCCCCACGGGCAACCUGCCAUCGCCAGCAGCCACACCUCAGGCGUCUGCUACGGCAACAGAGCAGUUGGUCGCAGUGGACUUGCCUGGUCAGCCUCUUUUGGAUAUGAGCGCUGAUCAGAAGGAUGACUACCUGCGAGAUUUCUCCCAGCGGUACCCGAGCUUGAGCGCACUGGAUGGCGCGCAGUCGACGGGCGCAGGGCGAUGA